AUGUCGUCGCCUAAAGAUGUUCGCGAAAGGCGUGGCGUCGCCUCUGAACUAACCGCCGGUGCAUCUACUCAGUCGAAACACAUGAAACUCCUCGACCUCGACAUCGACGAGCUGUCGCCUCUUCCACCCGCACACGCUCUCUCCAACGCUCGCUCCGCGUCACUCGAGCGCAUACCUAGCUUGAAGCUCAAUGGUGCUUCACAGUCAGGCGCGUCGCACACCGGGACGGCAUCUGUAGCAGCAGCAGCAGCGUCGCCGGCCUUGAGUGCCGCACCCUCCUCUUUCCGUCUCGAGGGGUCGCCACCCAGCUCUCCACAACCUGCCAACAAUUCCGAGCAGCUUCCCCUGCAACUUCACCCACAGGGCGAUACACAUGGAGAACAACAGGCCCCAAAUGCAGUUCUCGCUGAUCAACAGAAUGCACGAGAAGAUGGCGCGGUUCCCCAGCUGGAACAGCCAACAUUAACGUCGAGGUCUACGCACAUCCCCUCCGCACGCUACGUCACCGUCUCGGCCAUCCUCUCGCGCUCCGAAAUGUACUAUGCCCCCGAGACCUCGGAUCAAUGGGACAUUCUUCGAUCUUCGCAGGAAAUGUCCUUCAAUGCCGGCCGAGGGGACGACAUGAACCCACUGCCGUCAAGCUCGACCGAGCCGUUCAGCAGCCUCCGCAGACGACGAAGCCAGAAGACGCGCCCGAGCAACGGUAGCGCCAUAGAGGCACUGGGUGCGCUUUUACUACAUAAAGACAGUUCCGGGCGGGUUUCGAAUCUUUCUUUUGCCCGAAACGACGACGAUGACAAUCGAUCGCUGAAAGGACAGACCAACGAUUCACACAGGCAAAAGCAGGGCUCUUCUUCGAAGCAUAGCGGCGUUCACGCAUGGACCAGUGCAUUGGGAUCCCUCAAAAAGACAGGUCUUCGUCUUCAAUUGCCCGUCCGCACAGCGUCGCAACCGUCUACAUCCGACCAUGGCGCAACCAUCGCCGAGCGCAGGGCGCAAAUGUGGCACCGAAUGCUCACGCUUCAAGGAGCUGUGGUGGAGGACACGCGCGACGGCUUCUCCAAAGUGCGCAGUAGACGAGGAGGCCUCAGCUUCGAAGUUGGCACUGUCAGCCGCAAGCAGAGCCCGUCUACGCUGCUGCAACUGGACAACUAUAAGCCUCGAGGCCAAACCAACGACAGCAUCGAUCCUGACCCAUCUCGCCGUGUCUCACAGGCCAACCUUGCUGGAUAUGACAAGACAGAUCCACAAGCUUUGGCCUCCUCAUCCAUCGAAGCGGCCAGCACACUUUCGGGCCGUCUGCCAGAUACGAUUGUGCUGCAGGCUGGCCGUCGACCGCGACUCACCCAGCUCUCCAAAUCCGAAUUCGGCGCCGGCUCGACUUUUCACAAUCAGAUGCUUCCCGAGGCGCCUCCCAGCCCUGUUGCGAUGCCUGGCGCGUGGCACGGUGGCUCAUCCUGGCGAUCCAAGCCAGGCGACGGCUACGAGGAAGGCGCCUUGCUGCUACCACCGCCCUUGCUCGACGACCAUGGCAGCGACGCUUCCAGCUUCGAAGGCCUUCUCGGGGUGCGUCGCAUGCGCGAGCGAGAAAAGGCGCGAAAGAAAGCCGAGAAGCUGGCUGCUCGCAAUCGUCCGGCCCACAAGGUCGGUCCUCUGGUUGCCCUCACCAAUUUUGUGAAGGCCGCACACGCUGCCGAGACCACUGCCAAACGGGUUCAAGGUGGUAGGCGACAAGGGCGACCCCCCGCCUUUCUUCGCAGCUUCACCGAGCCUCACCCGUCGUCACGGCCUCGAUCCGGUUCAGAUAACAGCUUGUCUCGCAUGCAGAUCGCAAAAUCGCCUGCAGUCGCACCAAAUGAUGUGUCUGAACUGGAACAGUCUGACAGGCUUGGCACACGUCCAUCUGCUUCGACCUUGCCAGCUGUGCAGACGAGCGUGGCGACGGCGGCGGUCACACCGUCAAUAGCGGAAGCCGCAGCGGAUGCUGAGACACGCAAAAGCCCCGCUGCUAUCAGCCCCUUCAUGUCGCCGGCGUCACGCAAAGCCGUGCUGUCACGCCGCGGGUCGCGGAACAACUCGAUCGACGCAACGGGUCGCCAGCUCAACACCGUCUUCGAGUUUGAGCCCUUGGACCCCGGCCAGAUUCCAGACGACGAGCUUGCAUCACCUGACCUGCCGCCGAUCUCGUCUCCACUGAUACGGCCAACUUCGAGAGGAAUUAGCAAGACCAGUGGAUUUCGCGAUUUCCCUGUAGCACCACGACUGCUCCCAGUACAAUUAUCGGUCCCGCCUUCGCCGUUUACUCCACUAGCAAUCGACCUCCGAGAUCCUCGCAGCUCCAUGGGUCCUCCAACCCCGGGCAACGGCGACUAUCUUUCGGCUCGCGCCGUGCAUUCAUCGCCACGAACACCGCAGCUGGCUCCUACAAUGCUCAGUUUGCCGCCUUCGCCAUGGACGCCGUACCAAGACGGCCCUACCAUGCCCGCUUCACCCAUGGUUCAUCUCCAUCUCAACACGAGCAGCUCUUCGCUUCGACAUGCACCUGGAACACCGCGACUCGUGCCCACGCACAUCGAAAUCCUGCCAUCGCCCUUUCCCACUGCAGCUUCCUCACGUCGCGGCUCGCUCACAUAUGACAGUCCGCAUGGUUUGCGUGCGACGAGUCUGGCGCGAUCACCACUCACAGGGCCAGAAACCGAUUUCACGUCCUUUGCUGCCUUACGCGAAUCUCAGGCAGCAAACACAGAGGCGAAGCAGGAUACAGAAGAUUUACCGGCAGAUGAUGCGAAGCCGCCCAAGCCUGUUGAAGCCAAAGGCCAUCUCCGCCUCACACCUUCUUCCAUGCUGACCGCAGCUCAGUCGAUGCACGCUUCUGCCGCAGAGACAGGCGCCGUGGGGGUUCACAAGGGCAAUUCCAAGCAGAAUAUCGCAAUACCUGCUUCGGAGGACGACACUGCGUCUCAAGAGAUGAGUGCCAGAACAUCCGAUCCGCUCAGCCGCAGGUCGUCCACUCGCCGCAGCUCGAUUCAUGUGGAUUCCUCGGGUCGUCAACGCUCCUUUGUGCUUUGGUUCUUGAUCGGCGACUUGGGACUUCGUAGCAAGGGCUCGUCUUCUACACAAAGCAACGGCAAAGACCGCGAGGCGGAUCAUGGCGGUGUGGUGGCUGUGUUUUGGCACACCUUUGCUUUCCUGGUCUUUGUGGCAGCACAUCUCGUCGAUCUCGGCUACUCGACGUACGAGAGGAUCUCGCUCGUACUUUGGUUCCUGCGCUGGAUGGUCUACAACCUGACAGGUCGAACCGUGCUGGCUCAAUGUAUGAUCGAAGCAUACGGCUUCAUUCAAGCCGAGUGGGCCACGGUAGCCCUUGAAGAUCACGAAGAGAAGGGCUCCAAGAAGCUGCUGGGUCAGCACGGACACAGAAAACCCAAGGGCCUCUCGCGUUGGCAGGUGUUGCGAGGUCUGCUGGAGCUCUACUGCUUGCACAGCGUCACUAGAGAGCGCUAUCUGGCCGAGGGAGCCGGGCUGAAGGAGCUUGACGGAUGGAGGAGGCCAGCCAGGCAACAGGGCAAGGCGAAGGCGCCAACCACGCGUGGCUCCGAUCGUCUGGACCUCGGCGCGCAACGUGCAGCAUCGCGAGCUGCGCUGGGAGACAAAAGAAGAAGCUGGGCACACUAUGCGGAACAGGGACAGGAAGAGGAAGACGCGUAUUUUGCUUUGUCAGACGAAAAGGGAGCAGCGCCUCGUGACAAUAUGCUGGACAGUAGGAACGGCCACCAGAGCGACGAUGAUGCCGACUGCGAAGAGGAAGAUGAUGACAGCAGCGACGACGAGAUGAUUGUGACGAAUCGCGGCGACGACAUUCUCGAAUUUGCAAAGACGCCUCGAAUCGAUGCCAUGCGACCAGGACAAGCCAGCAGCGGCUACUUUGGUCGCGCGUACGACUUCAUGACGUCGCCACAGGUGGGCGCUUCGCAGCCGGCCGUAGACAACCGCGAUCUUCGACCUUUCAAGGAGUCGAAUCGCGAUCUGGUGCGUACCAUCAAGUGGUGCGGUCGACUCGCCAUCUCGGCGUACGGGCUUCAUGUGCACAUUGUAGAUCUGCCGCCUACAUUCACACCCUCAGGCGACCGCUUUUCGCGCCAGACGUUUGCGUACCUCUCGCGUCUCAAUGCCGACGAUGUGCUGCACGCCGACAUCCAGACGCUCGAUGCCGAUGCCGACUAUAGUCCUACGUUUUACAUUGUUCGAGACUACGUGCGCAAGGUGGUGUGCGUAGCCGUGCGUGGAACACAGUCGUUCUCGGAUAUCAUCGUCGACUUGGAGCUGCAGACCGAGGAGAUCGAGCUGCCACAAGUGCAACCGACGCCUGGCGAAGAGUUCCGAUGCCACGCCGGCAUCUGGCGUGCAGCCAAGGCGCUGGUCUCGCCCUCGAGCAAGCUAUUUGCUACUUUGCGCCAGGCGCUUGCGGAAAACGAGGGGUUUGGCAUCAUGUUCUGCGGCCACUCCCUGGGCGGUGCGAUCGCGAGCGCGGCUGCACUGCUGCUGGCAGAGUACUUCAUCCCGGAUGGCGCCGAACCCGAUGCGGGUACGUGGGUGACCAACAUGUCGUCUGGUCUGCCUGCUCGCAGGCCGAUUCGAGCCGUGAGCUUUGCAAGUCCUGUCAUCAUGACGGCCGAUCUGGCUUCGCGAGCGGCGCUUGGGUCGGUGCCGCUUGUGACGACGGUGGUGUUGGGCAGCGACGUGAUUCCUCGUGUGGGUCACGGUCAGGUGCGAGAACUGCGGCGAGUGCUAGGAGCACUGUCGCGGGUGCGUCGUCGCCACGCCAUGGCGUCCAAGGAGGGGCAGGACGACGCGCGAGUGCACAUCCUUCGAAGCUACUGGGACUGGCGAUCCAUCUGCCGGGCCGAAGAUGCAGACGACGUGAUGCUGCACCGCAAGGAGCGGAUCGAGGCGCAGCUAUGGUCGUUGCGGCGCGAGGUGGAGAGCGAUCUGUAUGCCGCCAUCAAGGCCCGCCUGGACGCAGAGAGCACGCCGAGUGCACGCGUCCCACCUUCGCCGUGGGUGGGACCGCAGCAGCGAGAUCAAGCUCCUCUGCAUGCACUCUCGGCUCGAAGGCAGGAGCUCGACACAGCGACACUGCGCUCCGAGGCGGCGCAGGGAGGGCCGCUAGUACCGCCAGGGCGAUGCAUCUGGAUCCACAACAGGCGGAUCUAUCAUGUGGAGAGCGCACUGGCGUUCUUCAGCCUUCCCGAGCUGCGAAGCGACAUGUUUGCAGCGCAUUUCCCCGCAGCUUACGAGGAGGCCAUCUUGGACUUGCGGACAUGA